UUUGGCGCAAUAUUUUUGUGGAAGAAAGUCAUUUUUUCAUCUGCGUGCAACCUACAAAAAUGGAUGAACAGGUGAAAGAAAAGUUCAUAAUUAAAACAUCUGGAUCAGAAGAUAAGCCCAAAUAUUAUUUUGGGCGUAUGGAAAAUAAAAGUGAGAAUAAAGUUAUCGAACCAGAAAAGAUUUUUUGCAGCCUCUGUUGGAAGGACAAGAUAACCAAAACAUAUGGGAAACAAACCUCGUCAAGUAAUUUGUACAGGCAUUUGGAAAAUGUACAUGGCAUCAACAUAAAAAAUAUACCUCCAAAGAAUCAGAAAAAAAUUGAUGAGGUGCUAGUGAAACCUCAAACGACCACAGUACAUAAUGCUAAUAAAACGAUUGCUGAUAAAUAUCGUAUUGGAAGGGAAUUAGCCCUCCUUGUAUGCAGAACGUUAACUUCCUUCUCUUUUGUCACCGACGAAGCCUUCCAGGAUUUUGUCAUAAAGAUAGGAGGAGUGAAAGAUAGAAGUGAUUUCCCAUCGAGAUCAACAAUUUCCCGCCAAUGCUUGGAUGACAUUUACAGCCGCUGCUACUCUGAUCUUAAAGCAUUGAUUGAAUGUAAAAUGGGAGAAACUGGAAGCAUCACCACAGAUAUGUGGACGGAUGGAUACAAGAAAGUAUCUUAUAUUACGAUGACUCUUCAUUUCAUCGCUGCAGAUAUGCAACUUAUAAAUGUAACACUUUCAACGCAAAGUAUUCACGGUUCUCAUACAGGGGAGAAUCUAUCGAAAGAGAUUGAAAAAGUCCUGAUGGACUUUAAUUUACUCGGAAAAAAUCUCAUUUUCGUCACUGACGGUGGCUCGAAUGUUAUUAAAGCAACACGCCUCUUAGGCUAUCAAAGACAACCUUGCAUAGCUCAUGCCCUACAUAGGUUGGUCAUGAAGGAUCUGAUGGAAGACCAAAGAAUCGUUCGGCUGAAAGAAAUUGUUUCAACAUUGAAGGGAAUAUAUAGAGCUCUGUCCUCAAAGAAACCAGAACUUGAAAAAAUGUUCAAGGCAAAGGAAAAUGAGAAGAUGUGGGAACAUUUUUUGGAGAACUGCGCGAAGAUCGGAGAUGAAGAAGAUUCAGCAGAACAAUUUUUCACAUUUGAGUGGGAAACAUUGGGGUCCUACACAAGUCUCAAAAAAAUGUGCGAGACUAGGUGGAGUUCCAUGCUCUUAAUGAUUGAUAGCUACGUUAAAAGCCAAGAUUUGUACCAGGAAGCUAUAAUGAAGAUUAAAAGAUUUGAUCUUUUACUUGCUGACAAUGAUCUCACCAUUCUGAAAGAGGUAAUCCCCGUCUUGGAAAUAUUCGCCAAUGCAACGAAACUUCUUGAAGGUUCUAAUUACUCAACUAUAAACUUGGGUCUCUUGGUUUAUAAGGAGAUUCAAAACAGCUUGGUUGAUCUGCAAAAAAAGUCAACCAAAUCAGAGAUCCAAGCAACAAUGUGUGAAAUUCUAAAGAAUCACCUCGAAAAAAGGUACAAAGUCACCGAAGAAAUGCUUCUGGGUGCGCUUCUUGAUCCGACCCUACAACACUUGCCUGCAAUAGAAGAGUGGUUAAAGGAAAAUAAUUUCGAGAGCAGAAGUGACUUUUUAUUUUCGAAGAUCAAUGAUGAAAAUGGAAAAGAACCUGAUUUGCCUCUACACGAAAAUGUGGAUUCUAAGAGCAUAAGAUUGGCUCUAGCUAACAAACACCUGCCUCAGAACAAUCCAGCGUGUACGACCCUCAGAGAAGAAUAUGCAUCAUUUAAAUGCGUAAAGGACAGAGUGGAAGACCCAUUAGAAUGGUGGAGUGCAAAGCGCAGCGUAUUCCCAGUUUUAUCUGAAAAAGUUAGGAAUGUGUUUUGCAUUCCUCUUACUUCCGCGCCAAGCGAAAGAAAUUUUUCUUCAGCGGGUGGGGUCAUUACGCAAAAAAGGUCACGUUUGAGCCCAUCUACGGCCUCAAAGAUCCUGCUCAUUCAUGAUAAUUAUAAAACUCUACAAAAAUACAAAAUAGUGAAUUGAGGCCGA